AUGGUGUCUCUUGAUACCCAGCCGCCGCCGCUGAGCUGCGUGACGCUCACCUUCCCGGCGCCCUACGUGCUGCUGGCGACCAUCAACCGCCCGGCGCAGAUGAACUCGCUCUCCUUCGAGGCCGCGUGGGAGAUGGACCGGCUCUGGGACUGGAUGGACGAGGAACCGCAGAUACGAGUCGGCAUCAUCACCGGUGCUGGCAAGAAGGCCUUUUGCUCCGGCAUGGACAUCAAGGAUCGCCUGGAGAUAGAGAAACUCGAUGAACUCGCCCUCGCAAAGGCAGUCAACUAUCCUCCCACCGGCUUUGCGGGACUCACUCGCCGCUCCGGCAAGAAACCCAUAAUAGCAGCCAUCAACGGCCACGCACACGGCGGCGGCUUCGAGAUCGUGCUCAACAGCGACCUCGUCAUUGCUGCCGAACACGCCGACUUCAAGCUGCCCGACUCUGCUCGCGGCACAGGGGCCCUCUGCGGCGGCCUGCCCAGGCUGGCCCGCAUCCUCACCCUGCAGCGAGCAAUGCUGCUGGCGCUGCUGACCUACACCCUGUCCGCGCAGGAGGCCAAGGAAUGGGGUAUUGUGCAGAAGGUGGUGCCGGCAGACGACCUGGUCAAGGAGGCCGUCAAGAUGGCCAGCGGGAUAGCUGCCAUGAGCCCCGACAGCAUCAUCGUCAACCGCGCCGGCGUCAGGCAGGGCUGGGAGACAGCGAGCGUGGAGCAUGCCUCGACGCUGAUAUGGGACACCUAUGCAAAGAAGCUGAUGCUGGGGGAGAAUGCCAUUGAGGGCAUGCAGGCGUUCAAGGAGAAGCGGCGGCCAGUGUGGAAGCCGUCGAAGCUGUGA